GGUUUUGUUCUUCUCCCAACACUGCAGCCUUGUGCGGCCGCGGCAGGCAGCAGGCAGCGCGGGCCCCGUGCUCCCACGCCACGGCGCAGAGGGGGAGCCUCUCCUCCUUUGUCUGCUCCCGGCCACAGCCGCACCGGAGCACCCAGGGAAGGGCCUUGGCAGGAGCGGCGGAGGACACCGGCCAAGGUCCGCUCUGCUCCGGCACCGCCGCCGCCCGCUCGGCCUCGCCACGGGAGCCGAGCGCUUCAUGACGGAAACCCGAGCGGGGAGCAUCCGGAGCGGGGCCGGCAGCCGCGCCUGGGGCCGGGGAGGACGGCAGCAUUGGGGACAAGGGCACCCGCGUCCCGUUCGCCCCUCGGCGCCCGCUGCCGGCCAUGGGGAACGGCAUGAGCCAGAUCCUGCCCGGCCUCUACCUUGGGAACUUCAUCGAUGCCAAAGACCUCGAGCAGCUAACCCGGAACAAGAUCACACACAUCGUUUCCAUCCAUGAAUCUCCCCAGCCCUUGCUGCAGGACAUCACCUACCUCCGCAUCCCCCUGCCUGACACCCCCGAGGCCAACAUCAAGAGGCACUUCAAGGAAUGCAUCAGCUUCAUCCACCAGUGUCGCCUGCACGGAGGGAACUGCCUUGUCCAUUGCCUGGCUGGCAUCUCCCGCAGCACCACCGUGGUGGUCGCCUAUGUGAUGGCCGUGACGGAGCUGAGCUGCCAGGAGGUGCUGGAGGCCAUCAGGACCAUCCGGCCCGUGGCCAACCCCAACCCCGGCUUCAGGCAGCAGCUGGCUGAGUUCGGCGGCGGUGCAGCCCGUAAGGUCCGCAGGCACCUGAAGCAGAGGUAUGGGGCAUCCCCGUUCAAUGAUGAGGAGGAAAUAAGAGCUUUGCUGCCAGCAGGGAGAGGGGGACCCUCCAGGACAGAGGCAGCACUGCAAGGACGGGUCCCAAGAGGCAGAGACAUCAGGAGCACAACUCCCUUCCUGCUGCGGGUGAAGAGGACGUUCUCCUGCAUCCCGGCUUGUCUGAAGUGACCCCAGCCACGGGAGAGGAGCGAGGAUCACCCGAUAGCCUGGGAGAGACGAAGGAGCCGCCGCACAGGGGGCUCUGCAGUGACCCACACCGAGCCCAGCUCCUUCUUCUCUUCUGGGGUGUGAAUGUGCCAUCCCCUGCCCUGGCUCCCAGGCAGGGAUUCACAUGCACUGCUGGGCUCCGCAGCGCUCGGUGGGCUCAGCCUCUUCACAUCCAGCACUCUGAGGACACUUGGUGAGAGGCACCGGUCUCUGUCCCCACAGAGCCACCAAGGGGGUCCCCUGUGCCGCGGGGCCAGCACCCAAGUGAUGCCAGCAGCAGCUUUAGCACCUGGGUACCCACUGCACGGCCCUCGGGCCCACAGGGUGUGGGUUUCCCCACCAGCAGCACAAGCUCCCAGAGCCGAGGUGAUGGGCACGUGGGUGCAUUAGCAGGUAAUGCCACCACAGCAAGGGGCCAGCUCCAGCCCGGCCAAGCACAAGCCCUGAGCGAGCACUGUAGCUUUAGGAGCCCAUUGCACCCCAUUCCCACCCAUCCCAGGGCACAAUCUGUACAAAAGGUGGGAACUAAGCAUUUAACCUGGCCAGACCUCACUAAAGCAGAGCCUUAAGCCAUUUUGCUUAAAGACUUUCUAUGUCCCCCCAGUAAUAAACACCUUUUCUCCAUGA